UUCUUUCUUUUACGUCAAGCUCUCGCCUUGAUACGAGCACAUUUUCAUUCGUGCUGAAAAAUAAAUACAAAAUUUGUGGUUUAAAAGCCUGAAAACAUGUCGAAGAGAGGAAGAGGAGGUUCCGCCGGAGGAAAAUUCCGCAUCUCACUUGCUAUGCCCGUGGGAGCAGUGAUCAAUUGCGCCGAUAAUACAGGAGGUAAAAAUCUGUAUGUCAUCGCUGUUCACGGUAUUCGUGGUCGCUUGAACAGAUUGCCCGCUGCUGGAUGCGGCGAUAUGUUCGUCGCUACCGUCAAGAAGGGCAAACCUGAGUUGCGCAAAAAGGUUAUGCCCGCCGUUGUCAUUCGGCAACGUAAGCCCUUCAGAAGGCGCGACGGUAUCUUCAUCUACUUCGAGGACAAUGCUGGCGUUAUUGUUAACAACAAGGGAGAAAUGAAGGGAUCCGCCAUCACGGGACCCGUUGCCAAGGAAUGCGCUGAUUUGUGGCCCCGUAUCGCAUCAAAUGCCAGCUCCGUUGCCUAAAUCCGAUGAAUCCACGAAGAAGAAGCAACAAAACAAGUGUGUGUGUGAAAUUAAGAACUUUUUUGUUAGAAACUCGCCUUACAUCCGUUUGGGUUGUAAGAUAAGUAUCAAAACAAUCUCCGCACAUGCAAAAUUUUCUCCAUACCUUUAUAUUUGAUUAAUUCACACAACAACAAUUCAUUGGAAAAUGUUCCCAAAAUAUUUGAAAUAAAUGACAUGUAAAUGUUUUUCAAUGGAUACAAAAAUAA